CUUUUAUUUUGUGAGUAACAGACCGGAAGUGUCACUGGACUUGUGGGGUGGUAUAGCUGUGUUGCAGCUCCAGGCCAAACGUCCACCAUGGCUGAGGUAAGGGCUAAAAGGUUUAUUCGUUGAUAUACUGCCACGGUAUUGACUACCAGUGUAUUUGACAUGUUAUCUCUCAUCUGUUGAUGUGUGUUGAUUUCAGAAAGUAAAGAUAAUUUUCAUACUCUACAGUGACGUCGAAGCUUUAGCAGCGGAAGCUAACGCCAUCGUAGUUUUAGCUAGCUUCUGUUAACCCGUAUCAUAUGAAUUUUAAUAUUUAAUAAUUCACUGACAGUAGAAUAAGCCAUCGACGAUAUCAUGUUUGUGUCUAAAAAUUGUAUAGGUUAAGGGUGUUUAAUUGUACAUUUUUUCCUGACGGCGAUGCCACUAGAAACCCAAUCUGAUAGAAAACCAGACUUCGACCCAACACCUGAACUGCUUUGUAGAUUGUUGUAGGUUUUUUUUAUUAUCACGAACAAAUGAUUUGAGCUCACUGUGGUUGGUUAGCUUGCUUUACAGUCGGCCUAACAUCCCUAAACCAUCGUAUUGACAGUCCUGAAACACACUCCUGUGAGUAAAUCUGGUGUUUUGUUUAGACCCACAGCUUACAGGACCUCCAGCAGCCAGCUGUGUCCUCCAAAGUGUUUGUCCAGAGAGACUACAGCUCAGGAACCAUCUGCAAGUUCCAGACCAAGUUCCCUUCUGAGCUGGAAUCAAGGGUAUGAACAGUGUUUUCAUGGCUGCUUUCCUUGUUGACUGAGGUUAAGAUCUUGAAACGAAGGUUGAAAUAAUGUCAAUUUUUUUGUGUGGUUUUAGCUGGACAAGCAGCAGUUUGAGGAAACCAUACAGACUCUGAACAAUCUGUACGCAGAGGCAGAAAAGCUGGGAGGAAAGUCUUACUUUGAGGGCUGUCUUGCCUGUUUAACAGCCUACACAAUUUUUCUCUGCAUGGAGACACACUAUGAAAAGGUAAAACUGUUUCCAUUUUGAGUCCAUCAUCAGUUUAUGGAAUGAAUUGCCACUCAAGAUUAAAACAUUCCCCGCUCUUUCUACUUUUAAAUCACAUCUUAAAACUCAUUUUUAUUCCUUUGCUUUUAGCUCAGCAUGAGAGAUGUGUGAUCUCUGUCCUUUUAAUUUCCUUUUAUUACUUUAAUUUCUUUUAUGCUUUUGUGUUUUUAUUUCAUUUAAAAAAAAAUUCAUCUGCUUUUAUUUCUUCCAUCUUGAUGUUUUCAGCGUUGUCUGUUCCUUUAAUUUUAUUGUGCAGCACUUUGUUAGACUUGGAGGUUUUUUAAAAUGUGCUAUAUAAAUAAAGCAGAUUGGAUUGGGUUGGAUCAGUUUACAUAUUCAUUGUGUCUGGUUGGUUGUACAUAUCUUUAUCUCAUUUAAUGUGUUUUACCCCCUCAAACACUUUACACAGGUGUUAAAGAAGAUUGCCAGGUAUAUAAAGGACCAGAAUGAGAAGAUAUACGCACCCAGGGGUUUGCUGUUGACCGACCCCAUUGAGAGGGGUCUGAGAGUUGUAUCCUUUACCUGCGCAAUAUCUGACUUAUUCAACUAACAAAACUGGAGUUUGCCUGUUUCAGAGUUUGAUCACAGUGAUGCAGAUCUUUACACAGCCCCAGGGUUAAAUUUUCAUAUAAUAAAUUUCUUUGUUGCAAGCUAUCACAUGAUCAAGUGUAAUUGUUUAGGAUCAAGUUUGGGAGUGGGGAUGGAGCAUUGUUUAUUUCCCUUAACAAGCUUUUUUUUCUAGGUUGAAAUCACCAUCUUUGAGGACAGAAGUAUUGGCUCUGGAAGAUAAAGAGAUUUGGGGUAUGGAGUCUUGUAAAUGUUUUUAAUGCUGAGUCAGGUCCACAUGAGUUUGUGGGAGCUCCUGUUUUCCUUUUUUUUAAUUUUUCUUUUUAAAUCAAAUCAAGAAACAAGUCUUUUGGGGUGGUAUCUUACAACAGCAUUAGACAUUCAGGGGUUAUUUUGUUCUUUAUACAGGAAUAGAUUGUGAGUCUUUCUAUAUUAUCAUUUGACCAACUGCAGACUGGAGCUUCAUUUAACAUUCAAUGUCAAAGUUUGACAUACAGAGACAAACAAAACUACCCUUGAAGACUAUCUAUAUCAUGUUUGUACUGCUUGUUACCUCUACAACUGGGCUGACAAUAUGUUUACUUUCAAAAUGAAUAGUAUAUUAGUUAGAACGCAGGAUGUACUACUUAAUACUAUAAGCACAUAUGUGUGCGGCCAUGUACUCAUUAGAAAAAGAAAAUGUUUCACAGUUUAUUAAAGUUAAAUGCUCAUCAUCAAGCCUCCUAUCAACAAUGAUCCUGUUAAUGCCUCAAUUUUUUUCUACCCACUGUGAAGCUGUUGUCUUUUCUUUCUCUCUUCCCUUAUGUGUAGGCUUAUGACUGGCCAGAUACUCUAAAAGUGUGUGGCAGCACAUACUCAGACAUCUGCUUCACCCGAAUGGAUGUAUAUAAUUUUGAUCUUUUCUUUUCUCUGUUAUUUAUAAAUACUCUACUGUCUGCCUUUCCUUCUAUGUUUGUACAAGUGUCUUCAUGUCUUUUUUAUAAAUGCAGUGAUGUAUAGAUUAUGUCCUAGUUCAACAAGCCAGUCUCUAUAAAUAGUGCCAUUGUGUUAAAUACAACUUUUUGACCAUGGUUAAUAUAAGUGAUUGGACUUGUUUAUUCUUAUGCUAAUACCAGUACUAUAAAGUCAAUUUGUAAUCUCCUAGAAACGUUAGUAAAAUAUGUUGGGUCAAAUUUGCUGGCGCAGUCUUACGAUGGUUAUUAUGAUGUAGGCAGUGCUCUAAAGUAUUGACAUGGAGGUUGUAGCCUUUGUUGAGGCACAUGUUUUCUUAUCUGUUGAAUGUGACUGAUAUGGGAGUAUGUCUCUUGAAAUACUCAUGUUGUAAGGUAAGAUCUGAACUCGAGGUAUGAUGGAGCAUGUUUACUAUACUCACUUAUAACAUGACUCCGCACUUGAUCUCAUAAAUCAACCCUGUUAAUUUGUAACUCAUAAAGAUCACUUUAUAUAUAUUGCGAAUGUCAUUCCCUUAACAUUAUCACAAACACCACAGAAACCUUAAACACUGAACUCCACUAAUGGUUGCGAUAGUGGGCGGUUGAUAAAAAUUGUGUACUUUUCUUACAAGUGUCUUUUCUGUUUUAUCGAAUUAAAAAGCCCUUGUUUCUCUUAACUGUGAC